AUGGAGAAAGGACUCGCAUUGUCCCCGGAGCGCCGGGACACGCUGCACAGCCUGAGGAUGAGGAGCAAAUACGCCUUCUUCCUGGCGUUCGUGGUGUUGGUUUUUGUCUUCAUUGAGAAGGAAAAUAAGAUCAUCUCCAGGGUCUCGGGCAAACUGAUGCAGAUCCCCCAGCCCGCGGUGGACAGCAACAGCACGGACCCGGCGCUGGGCCUGGCCGAGAACGCCUCCCUCUUGUCCCUGAGCGAGCUCAGCUCGGCCUUCACCCAGCUGCAGAGCCGCCUGCGGAACUUCAGCCUGCAGCUGGGAGCGGAGGGCGCGGGCCGGGCCGAGGGGGAGGACCAGGCGGAGGACGGGGAGCGGGAGGCGCCGGGCGGCCGCCGCCACGUGCUGCUCAUGGCCACCACCCGCACGGGCUCCUCCUUCGUGGGCGAGUUCUUCAACCAGCAGGCCAACAUCUUCUACCUCUUCGAGCCCCUGUGGCACAUCGAGCGCACGGUGGCCUUCGAGGCGGGCGGCGCCAGCGCGGCCGGCUCGGCCCUGGUCUACCGCGACGUGCUCCAGCAGCUCUUCCUGUGCGACCUGUACGUGCUGGAGCACUUCAUCAGCCCCCUGCCCGAGGACCACCUGACCCAGUUCAUGUUCCGCCGCGGCUCCAGCCGCUCGCUGUGCGAGGAGCCCGUGUGCACGCCCUUCGUCAAGAAGGUGUUCGAGAAGUACCACUGCAAGAACCGCCGCUGCGGGCCCCUCAACGUCACGCUGGCCGCCGAGGCCUGCCGUCGCAAGGAGCACAUGGCCCUCAAGGCCGUGCGCAUCCGGCAGCUGGAGUUCCUGCAGCCGCUGGCCGAGGACCCCCGGCUGGACCUGCGCGUCAUCCAGCUGGUGCGGGACCCCCGGGCCGUGCUGGCCUCCCGCAUGGUGGCCUUCGCCGGCAAGUACGAGGGCUGGAAGAAGUGGCUGGCGGAGGGCCAGGACCAGCUCGGGGCGGAGGAGGUGCAGCGCCUGCGUGGCAACUGCGAGAGCCUCCGCCUGUCGGCCGAGCUGGGCCUGCGGCAGCCGGCCUGGCUGCGGGGCCGCUACAUGCUGGUGCGCUACGAGGACGUGGCCCGCCGGCCCCUGCAGAAAGCACGGGAGAUGUACCGCUUUGCGGGCAUCCCGCUGACGCCGCAGGUGGAGGACUGGAUCCGGAGGAACACGCAGGCCGCCCAGGCCGGCACCGGCAUCUACUCCACGCAGAAGAACUCGUCGGAGCAGUUCGAGAAGUGGCGCUUCGGCAUGCCCUUCAAGCUGGCGCAGGUGGUGCAGGCCGCCUGCGGCCCUGCCAUGCGCCUCUUCGGCUACAAGCUGGCCCCGGACGCCGCCGCGCUCACCAACCGCUCGCUCAGCCUCCUGGAGGAGCGCGGUACCUUCUGGGUCACGUAGGGG